GAAUUUGCCUUGUAUUGUUCUUCUUUUAUUCUGUUCUGUUGAGAGAAAACGCACACCUUGUUAGACAUCAAGUAAAUAAAAAAUGUUUCAUGCUUGUUACAAGUUAUGUACCCCCAGUACAGUGGAGGAUAACAACAUAAGAAGAGGUGACAGUCGAUGGAAAACAUGUCUUGUGGAGGUUCUUGUGCUGCGGUUUUUGAUGUGGUGGUUGUUGGCUCCUGCAUGACCGACCUGGUGAGCCAGGCGCCCCGCUUGCCCAAAGCCGGAGAGACCAUCCAUGGGCACAAGUUCUUCAUUGGCUACGGGGGCAAAGGGGCCAACCAAUGCAUCCAGGCCGGCCGUCUAGGCGCCAGGACAGCCAUGGUCUGUAAGGUUGGAAAAGACUACUUCGGAGACAGUUACAUACUGAAUUUUAAGAACAAUGGGGUCUCCACAGAUUUUGUAGGACAGACUGACAAAGCUGCCACAGGUGCUGCCUCAAUUAUUGUGAAUGACCAAGGAGAGAACGCCAUUGUCAUCGUGGCUGGAGCCAACCUGUUGCUAGGCUCUGAGGACCUGAGGGCCGCGGCACCCCCUAUCACCAGUGCGAGGGUACUGCUGUGCCAGCUGGAAGUGCGACCCGCCACCUCCCUCGAGGCUCUCAGGAUGGCACACAGCAGCGGAGUGAAGACAGUUUUCAAUCCCGCACCUGCUGUUCCAGACUUGGACCCUGAAUUUUAUUCCAACUCCGACGUGGUCUGCUGUAACGAGCCUGAGGCGGAGCUCUUGACAGGGGUGCCGGUUGUGAGCCUGGAGGAUGCUGGGAAGGCAGGGGCAGUGCUUCUGGGGCGAGGCUGUCGUUCGGUGAUCGUCACACUGGGGUCGGAGGGCUGUGUGAUGAUGUCAGUGCAGGAUCCCACCCCCAAGCACAUCGCUGGACAGAAGGUCACUGCAGUGGACUCCACAGGUGCGGGGGACAGCUUCGUUGGGGCUCUGGCGUUCUUCAUGGCACACCACCCCACACUGCCUCUGGAGGAGAUGGCCAGAAGAGCCAAUCACAUUGCAGCAAUAAGCGUGAAGGCAGAGGGAACACAGGGGUCCUACCCAUUCAGGAAGGACCUCCCCCAGGAGCUCUUCUAGAGAGGGAUCAGUCUCCAUGCACAUAGACACAUACAAUAAUUUGUAGUGGUUCUUAUUGCAAUUAGUCAAAUACUAAAUUAUUUUUGGAUUUAUUAUUUUAUAACUCAGUGUUACAGUACUUUCACCUGGGUUCUUUAUAUAUAUAUAUAUAUAUAUAUAUAUAUAUAUAUAUAUAUAUAUAUAUAUAUAUAUAUACACACACACACAGACACACACAUAUAUAUAUAUUUGUUGGCAAUACACUGCUGUACACUAGAUGGUGCUGGCACUUGCUAUUACAAAGACACUUUGGCAUAUCUAUCCCAUGUUACAUACAGAUAGGCAACAAGAACUUUAAAGAACCACAGCAUUUGAGUAACUGCAAUAAUAAGAACCACUCAGAGUGAUUGUAAACAUCAUAAAUGGUAAGGGAACAGUGACAAAAAUCUAAUUUGAAGAUACAGAUGACUGAACAAUAGUGUGCCUUCACAGAGAGAAAGGACUUUGUCAAUAGCUGCUUCAAAAACAUAACAAAGUCUGGAACACUUAUUUUAACUGGCUUUUGUUUUCGAAGAGAAUUUCACGAUUUCUCUUCUAAACUAAUCAUUUUCUGCACUUUUAAAUUAGGAUUGUCCUCUGAUUGAUCAAUAAAAAGUAAAUGAUGCUCAACCGAACAUGUCUCCUGCAGUUGCAACUGGUUCUAUAUGAAGGAAAGUGUUUGUUUAGUUAAACUUGAUUCCCUCCCAAGUUCAUGAUAUUGUGUUUUAGAAUUAGGGAAGGUUAUUAUUUUAGCUUUUGAAAAAUGAUAACAAUCUUUGUCAUAGUAUUAAUUUGCAAAUAAAUAUGGUAACAAACA